AUGCUUCGGCGAAACAGUUCUAGUCGACCUAGUCGAAGCAAAUCAACAUCAUCAGUCUACCCAAAACACGAUCCUGUCGACCCUGAAGAGUCUCGUAUGCAUGCUCAUGCCGCAGCAAUGUAUGCUUUCAACCGAGCCCAAGAAAGGAACAGCACUACUUAUGGAAACAUGAAUGGGCUUUCACGAAACCACAGCACAGGCCAAGGAAACCAAUCUCGUUCGAGUCAACAGAUUAGUUGUGCAAAUCUCGAUAACACAGGGCUUAGACGGCAGCAAAGUGUUAGGUUUGCAGGGCCCAAUGCAGUCAAAAGGCGUCAGUCGACAGGAAAAAGAACGGAGCCUCCAGCAUUAAUCCACAAGCCAAGUACUGCCACUUUAAGGCCUAUUGCGAUGACCACGAAUGCACCGGUCCCAGCCGUAUAUCGUCCACCAAGCCGUUCUUCUUCAAUUGGCAAGGCUUCUAUUGGCAAGGCACCUAUUCAGGAUUAUGCCGCUCAUAAUUACGUUACAAACUUAGCUUUCGAUGAAUAUUAUACACAAGAGGAUGAUGUAGCCUCGACACCAUCUUCUUAUCGGCGGAUCAGAAAGUCAAAGUCCAUGUUUAGCCCCUUGUCGGCGCCAUCCAAUGUCUUCUACAGUAAUGGUAGCCCAGACCGCACUAAUUUUUCGUCCACUCCGCAUACUCAGGAAAAUGAUGCUCCCUUGCGAGCUCCCAAAUCAAUGAGCUUUCUCCGAGGCGGACGAGACUACUUCAAGUCUUCCACAUCAUCUGAAAGAAACGAUGAUGCCGUUCAAAUGGCCAGAGACAGGUUUUUUGCUCAAGCCACCCAGCAAAGACUUCGGGAGCAGCCGUCUUUCCUUUUCAGAUCAAAAGCACAACGACAAGCAAAGCCUUUUCGAAAGUCUGUUCGAAGCAGCAGCGGGAAGUCUGCAGCUACAUUUGCUUCGGCUGAAUCUAUAAAGGAAGGCGGACUUAGGGCGAAAGCUCGUAAAGUAUCCCAGGGAUUGAAGAGUAGAUUGCGGAAAGUCUUUGGACGUAACAAGGAAGAGCCUGUCGUUAUCCCCAACCAGCAGGUUGAGGCUAUUGAGACUCAUGUCCGAGAGUAUGCUGGACAAUUAUCACCAGACCAUGAGUCAUUCCUCGAUAUUCCUAGACCCGAUGAGGCCGCAUUCGCUCAUGUAGCGGCUCGGGUCCCAUCAUUACGUGCUAUUGCUUCAAGUCAGAGACUCAGGUCGCAAAGUGGUAGUAUUCGCAGCUUUCGAAGUGACAAUAGUGACGAAAAGUCCAGAGUAACAAGCUGGACGAAUAGUACGGCAAACAACACGGUCACGAGUCAAGGGUUACGUCCCCCGCCUAGCAGAGAUCAAAGACUUUCUAUUAUCAAUGAAUCAGGUACACAUAUUUCUAAAGGGGCCUUUCAUCGCCCAAAUGUAAAGAAUCAACAUCCCGCUUAUCCUGCAUUUCAUCGCCCCGGUUAUGCUCAGCCAAUUAGACCAGGAGGCGUGGACAGCGCCAGACUUUGCUCUGCUUUAAUGAAGCGUCUCGACGAGAACAGUCCAGAAGCAAUACUCGCAAAGUCAAAGAAAGCUAGUACCGAAACUCUCAGAGCAGAGAAAGUCCCUAGACAUAGUAGCUCCUUUACCAAUCCUCUCCCCCAGUCUAAGCCAUGGAUCCGACAAGUACCUCCGGACUGUGAUCCGAGCAAUCAAUGUCAAAAUCAAUAUCCUCAAGUAUACCAUUCAAAUAAUGUUGCUUUCACUGAUAGGACUGAAGAUAUUUCUGAUCAGGUAGUUGGCGGCGCGCAUCAAUUCAAUUCUGCAGAUUUACCGUUGUAUGACAAGCAACUUGAAACCCAAGACGACGUGUUUUCUUCACACCCAGAAUCAAACCAUGGCAGCUCCUAUGACCAGCGACGUUAUGUACAUAGCUCAGAGUCUGCACGGGGACGUGCCUUGGCCAAUAUAGAUGCCCUAUAUUCCCCAGUGCAAGACCCAUCAGGUCUCACUCCCCAGCAAGUUGCCCAACGGGACGAUCCUAUAGUGCCAAGCACAAAGGUCAUCCGCGAGGCAAGGUCUACAUUCUUCGGAGGCUCAACCUUUAAGAUAGUUAGAGUCGGAAAUACAAGUCCAUAUCGUCGAGCGCUGGCGGGAAGUGACAAUUCUGCCAUUGCCAGCGAUGACUCCAUGGCUAGAAGGGGGUCGCCGGUGCGAAGCAUACUCCACACAACAGCUCAUGGUUUAGCCAAAGUGAGAACAGCGUCGGUAGAUGAUGAUGCCUACAGUGAGAGUGUUUACUCCCGAAGUGUUGGCCGUAAUCUUUCCGAGGCUAUGGGUAGUGAUUCCUCCGUUCCACUCUCAAAUGUACGGAUGCCGUUACUACCUGUCGAGAGCCCAAGUGCUGGUGGUGCCGUCAUUAUCAAUAGCACCACCUAUCGUCCAACUCAUCACAGGCAACGAGGUGAUAAUUCAGGAGGCUCGGUCGAGUGGAAAAAAUGGAUGUCAUCCGAAGUCGCGAGAUUGGAAAGACCAGAAGGCAAGAAUCGAGUCAGCGUUAGCAACAUUGAACGUUCAUUAUCACCCACUCCAACGAUGCCAAGUUCAUAUCACAUUGCGCAUAGGAGAGAAUACGCUCAAAUGGCUGAUGAUGACACGGAUAUUGCGCAGAAAAAGAUCGCUGUUGGCAAACAACCGCUUGGUCUAGUUCAACAAAAUCUUCUUUCGGGUAAUGGCCAAGUUCUUUUAAAGCCGAUAUUGAAAAAUCGUUCCACAACAUCUUUGGCUGAAAAUACACAUGUCGGCAACAAUAAAUCAUUCGAUAUUCCUCUUGCACCACCAUUACCACCUCCUAUUCCCCUUAGAUCUACAUUAAGACCAACCCAAAGCAAGGCAAGUCUAAAAAGUACCUCGGCUUCUCAAUACUCACCAACUCCACCGGGUUCCGUCACUCAGACUCGGAAUCCUAGCGUAAAUGGUCGCAACGUCUUGCAAAAGCGCCUCUCAUCUGCAACUUUGAGUAGCACACCAAUAGCACCUAAUCAUGGUGUCGAAAACCAAAGCGCUAGUAAUCGCAAUGUACUUCAUAAACGAAACGUAUCGAAUGCGACAUUGAGAAGUUCUAAGAGUAUAAGAAGUGUUAAGAGUUUCGAUACGAGUGCGAGUGCCACUAGUCCAGCGAAAUUGGUCAAGAGAACAGGGAGACCGGUGUAUAAUUAUACACCGCAAAGCAGUCCGGGUACAGGGAUAGGAGCAGCGGUGGAGAGACAAUUUGGAAGUACUGGUCUGGGGAGUGCAAAUGGAACUGGAUCUGGAACUGGGAGGAGGAGAGAAAGAGCGGGAGGAAGAGAAAAUGAGAGGGUAGGAGGACUAGAUGAUGGUUAUGGGGUUGAGUGUUGUGGUGUAGGUCUGAAUGCUGGAUCAGGCGUGGAUCAACAUCAAUUGCAGUUGGGCAGUAAACAGAUGGUGGAUUUGUUUUUGAGUAGUAGACGUAGGAGAAUUGCUAGUGUGGGGACUUUAGCAGGGGGGAGUAUGUGCGAGGAUGGGAUUGGGAGUGCGAGGAAUGUUAGUGGGAUGGAGGAAAGUGGUGGAAUGUUUCUUUAG